CCCAACCUCUCUUUAUAAACCUUCCCACAACGCUCACUUCUCUCUAUGGGAGAUCAUAUCACCAUGGGGGACAACGACCGCCAGACACAACCACUUCUCACGCCGCGACCAGACACAGCAGUCUUUACGGCGGAAUCCGAUGACAUCGCUCCGAUCGCCGGCGCCGCCGACUUCGCCAGAGAGUUCCUCGUCGAAUCCAAAAAGCUCUGGUACCUCGGCGCCCCCGCCAUCUUCACCUCCGUCUGCCAGUACUCCCUCGGCGCCAUCACCCAAGUUUUCUCCGGCCACGUCAGCACCAUCGCCCUCGCCGCCGUCUCCGUCGAAAACUCAGUCAUCGCCGGCUUCUGCCUAGGCAUCACGUUUGGAAUGGGAAGCGCGUUGGAAACGCUGUGCGGGCAAGCAUACGGGGCGGGGCAAGUGCACAUGCUGGGGGUGUACAUGCAGCGCUCGUGGGUGAUUCUGAACGCCACGGCCAUUCUGCUGACUCUGCUCUACGUCUUCGCGGCGCCGCUGCUGAGAGCGAUAGGUCAGACGGCGGCGAUUUCGGCGGCCGCAGGGGAGUUCGCGGUGUGGAUGAUUCCGCAGCUGUUCGCCUACGCCAUGAACUACCCCAUGCAGAAAUUUCUCCAGGCGCAGAGCAGGAUCAUGGUGAUGGCGUGGAUCGCCGCGGCGGCGCUGGUGCUGCACAUCGUGUUCAGCUGGCUUCUCAUGCUGGAGCUCGGCUGGGGCAUGGUGGGCGCCGCCGUGGUGCUGAACGCCUCGUGGUGGUUCAUCGACGUAGGUCAGUUCGCGUAUAUACUGAGUGGGACCUGCGGGGAAGCGUGGUCUGGCUUCUCCCUUAAAGCCUUUCACAACCUUUGGGGUUUCGUUCGCCUCUCUCUUGCUUCUGCUGUCAUGCUCUGCCUGGAAGUGUGGUACUUUAUGGCCCUGAUUCUCUUCGCCGGAUAUCUGAAAAAUGCGGAAGUUUCGGUUGAUGCGCUGUCCAUCUGCAUGAACAUAUUGGGAUGGACCAUCAUGGUGUCCUUUGGAUUGAACGCAGCUGUAAGUGUGAGAGUGUCAAACGAAUUAGGUGCAUCUCACCCUCGAACAGCAAAGUUUUCACUUCUUGUGGCUGUGAUUACUUCGACUCUGAUCGGUGUGACGCUGUCGCUGGUUCUGAUAAUAUUCCGGAAUGAGUAUCCAUUUUUGUUCUCGAACGAUUCGGCAGUGAGAGAGAUGGUGGUGGAGCUGACACCCUUGUUGGCCAUUUGCAUUGUGAUCAACAACGUGCAGCCAGUUCUCUCAGGGGUUGCUGUCGGUGCAGGAUGGCAGGCUGCGGUUGCCUACGUAAAUAUAGCUUGUUACUACCUCUUCGGCAUUCCUCUAGGUCUUCUUUUGGGCUACAAGCUUGAAAUGGGUGUCACCGGGAUUUGGUCUGGAAUGCUCUCGGGGACAGUCUUACAAACUUCUGUUCUAUUCUUCAUGGUCUAUAGAACUGAUUGGAAUAAAGAGGCAUCCCUUGCAGAAGAUAGGAUAAAGCAGUGGGGUGGGGAUGAAGAUUCAAGAGGGAAGAAUGAUCAAGAAACAUGAAUUUUUGCAAAUUCUUGAACCAGAUUGUAUCUGAUUUUAUUUCAACAAACAUUGUUUUCUUUCUGUAGGGUCAGUGGAUGUCAAUCAUCCAUUCAUUUUUGUUCUCAAUAAAGGGUGAUGCUAGAUUCUGUCUCA